AUGCCCGGCUUCGACUACAAGUUCCUGGAGAAGCCCAAGCGGCGGCUCCUGUGCCCGCUGUGCGGGAAGCCCAUGCGCGAGCCCGUGCAGGUUUCUACCUGCGGCCACCGCUUCUGCGACACCUGCCUGCAGGAGUUCCUCAGUGAAGGCGUCUUCAAAUGCCCUGAGGAUCAACUUCCUCUAGACUAUGCCAAGAUUUACCCCGACCCCGAGCUGGAGGUGCAGGUGCUGGGCCUGCCCAUCCGCUGUGUCCACAGUGAGGAGGGCUGCCGUUGGAGCGGGCCCCUUCGUCACCUCCAGGCCCACCUGAACACCUGCAGCUUCAACGUGGUCCCCUGCCCCAACCGCUGCCCCACCAAGCUGAGCCGCCGGGAUCUGCCUGCGCACCUGCAGCAUGACUGCCCCAAGCGCCGCCUCAAGUGCGAGUUCUGUGGCUGUGACUUCAGUGGGGAGGCCUAUGAGACCCAUGAGGGCAUGUGCCCACAGGAGAGUGUGUACUGUGAGAACAAGUGCGGUGCCCGCAUGAUGCGGCGGCUGCUGGCCCAGCAUGCCACCUCUGAGUGCCCCAAGCGCACUCAGCCGUGCACCUACUGCAGCAAGGAGUUUGUCUUCGACACCAUCCAGAGCCACCAGUACCAGUGCCCAAGGCUGCCUGUAGCCUGUCCUAACCAGUGCGGUGUGGGCACCGUGGCUCGAGAGGACCUGCCAGGCCAUCUGAAAGACAGCUGUAACACCGCCCUGGUGCUGUGCCCCUUCAAAGACUCCGGCUGCAAGCACAGGUGCCCGAAGGUGGCAAUGGCACGGCACGUGGAGGAGAGUGUGAAGCCACACCUAGCCAUGAUGUGUGCCCUGGUGAGCCGACAGCGGCAGGAGCUGCAGGAGCUUCGCCGGGAGCUGGAGGAGUUGUCGGUGGGCAGUGAUGGCAUGCUCAUCUGGAAGAUUGGCAGCUACGGGCGCCGCCUGCAGGAGGCCAAGGCCAAACCCAACCUGGAGUGCUUCAGCCCAGCCUUCUACACCCACAAGUAUGGCUACAAGCUGCAAGUGUCCGCCUUCCUCAAUGGUAACGGCAGUGGCGAGGGCACGCACUUGUCCCUCUACAUCCGAGUGCUGCCCGGCGCCUUCGACAAUCUCCUGGAGUGGCCCUUUGCCCGCCGUGUCACCUUCUCCCUGUUGGAUCAGAGUGACCCUGGGCUGGCUAAGCCACAGCAUGUCACGGAGACCUUCCACCCUGACCCAAACUGGAAGAACUUCCAGAAGCCAGGCACUUGGCGGGGCUCUCUAGACGAGAGUUCUCUGGGCUUUGGUUACCCCAAGUUCAUCUCUCACCAGGACAUCCGCAAGCGAAACUACGUGCGGGAUGACGCAGUCUUCAUCCGGGCCUCGGUUGAACUGCCCCGGAAGAUCCUCAGCUGAGGGUAGGGGGUCUCCAGGGGAAACAUGACCUGCCGGGCACAGGCCGACUCUGGAGGGGCCGGACCCCCUUUCAGCUACCGCCGCCGCCCAGGUUCUAUUACCCCACUCCUCCUCUUCACACACACAUACACCGACCACCUCCUACCACCCUCAGGUGCCUCCAAUUGGUGCUUCAGCCCUGGUCCCUGGGACAGCAGGUCAGAGUCAAGGGCUGGAAACAAGUGAUACCAGGGCUUUUUUUGGGCAGGGCAGACGUGCCGUUUGCCGGCCACUCUACUCGGGACUGAGGUGUCAGUGGGUGCCACAUCCCAAGAGCCAUAAGUGGGGGGGUCACUGGGAGCCUGUCUGGAAAUGAUUCUACGCCCUCUUUCCCCAGCUGUUGCUCCUCUGGUUAUUUAUUUGCUUAGUACCAGAGGGCACGGUGGGGGGGGGGGUGUGUUCCUGAUUUUUAAUAAAUCCUGAAUUGUAUUUA